GUCCACUGCCUGCUGACUGCGCUAGACUAACGGUCACAGUCACAACGGGUAGUGACAGGAAUGUAAUUAAAACGGCAGAAAAAUACAAAAACAUAAGAUCCUUUUUCAGUACAGCAAAACGCCAAGUAAUAAGGAGACAGAAAGAAGUGAGGGACAGGGAGACCAGGGACAGUCAGGUGUAGAGUCUCAGGGAAUGUCCAGCAUGAUGAUCCCUAUAUUCCUGACAGGGCUCUGCUUCCUGUUGCUCGGGCCCACUUGUUGCAGUGGCAGCAGGAUCCUAGUAGUGCCCUUUGAUGGCAGCCACUGGAUCAAUAUGGAGGUGAUCCUCCGAGAGCUGCACUCCAGAGGCCACAUCAUGACUGUGCUACGCGCUGACAAGAGCUGGUACAUCCCUAGUAACUCUUCCAUUUUUACUUCAAUUGAUGUGACCAUGCUGGAGGAUAAGGCGGCGGACAUCAACUUAUACAAUAAAAUACUACUAGAUGUUAUGGAAUGCCGCAGGUUGCCGACGUUUAUACGGACCUUCUAUCAGCAGUACUUAAUCACAUCCAUGUUGGCAAAGGGCCAUGAGGUCAUGGCCAGAUCAGUUGCUACAAUGUUAGACGACCCUGUUUUUAUGAAAGAAAUGCAAGACUCUAUGUUUGACUUAAUAUUAACGGAUCCUGCUCUGCCUAUAGGUGUUGUUUUGGGUAGUUACCUCAAGCUGCCAAUGGUUUUCAAUGUGCGCUGGAUUAAUAGUGGAGAGGGCCAUUUGACCAUAGCUCCCUCUCCAGUCUCCUAUGUUCCCGUAUCAGGAAGUGAACUUACCGAUCAGAUGGAUUUUCUGGAAAGAACCAAGAAUAUGUUACAUUUUAUCUAUAGUUUGGUUGCACAGCACGUUUUCAUUAACCCUGCCUACUCAGAUGUGUUCCAGCGGUAUUUCCCUCCUGGAACUGACUUGCUGUCUUUGCAGCUUGCAGCUGAUAUCUGGCUGGUGAGGACGGAUUUUGUCUUUGAGUUCCCUCGGCCCACCAUGCCCAACGUGGUCUACAUAGGGGGGUUCCAGUGCAAAAAGGCUGAUCCUCUUCCUGUUGAGCUGGAGGCCUUCAUGCAGAGCUCUGGAGAGCAUGGGGUUGUGGUCAUGUCUUUGGGGUCUCUGGUGUCAGCCCUGCCUCGUCAGACUACAGAGGCCAUUGCUGCUGCUUUUGCUCAGCUACCUCAAAAGGUGUUGUGGAGGUUUGUGGGUGAAAAGCCUUCAUCCUUGGGGAACAACACCCUUCUGGUUAAAUGGCUCCCUCAGAAAGACCUCCUGGGACACCCCAAGACCCGUGCCUUUGUAGCCCACGGAGGCACCAACGGCUUGUAUGAGGCCAUUUACCAUGGCGUUCCCGUUCUGGGCCUGCCACUCCUCUUUGACCAGUUUGACAACCUACUUCGGCUAAAGGUACGUGGGGCAGCUCGGGUAAUGGAGGCCAACUCACUCACCCAAGAAGACUUCCUGGAGGCUGUAAAGGAAAUCCUGGAGACUCCCUCAUACCGUAACAACAUACAGCGUCUCUCACAGUUACACCAUGAUCAGCCAAUGUCUCCUAUGGCCACCGCCAUCUUUUGGAUUGAGUACGUUAUCCGGAACAAAGGAGCGGCCCAUUUGCAAUCAGCAGGUUUUAGUCUGCCUUGGUACUCCUACUUCUGCCUGGAUGUGGCUGUUUUAAUUAUGGCCCUCAUUGGAGCCUUUGUCUGGGCUUCAGUCUUAGCCUGUAAGGUUCUCUGCUGCCGAAGUUCUCGGAGAAAGAGCAAAGCUGAGUAACUAAUUCAAACUUAUUACUUAUACUUAAUGCCUGCUGUAAGGGAAAUUAUACUG